AUGGAAGUUGUCGAGGACAUUGUGAUUGUUGGAGCUGGUAUUGCUGGCUUGGCAACAUCCUUGGGCCUUCACCGGUUGGGGAUCCGAAGCUUGGUAUUGGAGUCAUCAGAGAGUUUGAGAAUCACAGGGUUUGCAUUUACAACAUGGACCAAUGCUUGGAAGGCAAUGGAUGCCUUGGGCAUCGCUGAUUUUCUUCGCCAACGCCAUGACCGCUUGCACGGGUUAAUUGUUACCUCUACAGUUACUGGACUUGCCACUUCAGAAUUGUCAUUUGUGGCCCAAGAGGGACAGGGAGAGCUUGAAGUUCGGUGUUCUCAAAGGAAGUUGUUGUCGGAAACUCUUGCAAAGGAACUACCAAGUGGUACCAUCAGGUACUCUUCCAAGGUGGUGUCCUUUGAGGAUUCUGGUCAUUUCAAGUUGGUUCAUCUUGCUGAUGGAACCAUCCUCAAAACCAAGGUGUUGAUUGGAUGUGAUGGAGUGAACUCGGUGGUGGCAACAUGGUUAGGGUUCAGCAAGCCGGCGUUCGUGGGCCGGUCAGCCAUUAGGGGUUUUGCAGAAUUUGAGAGCAGUCAUGGCUUUGGGACCAAGUUCUGGCAGUAUGCUGGGAAUGGUGUUAGAGCAGGGUUCAUCCCCUGUGAUGAUCACACUGUUUAUUGGUUUUUCACCUACACUGCCUCUCCUCAAGAUAAAGAGAUGGAGGGUGAUCCAUUGAAAAUGAAGCAGUUUGUAUUGAGCAAGCUCGGAGAAGUACCUGAUAGAGUCAAGGCUGUCAUAGAGAUCACUCCAUUAGAGAGUAUCAUAGCUGCUCCAUUAAGGUUCAGACAUCCAUGGGAACUGCUAUGGGGAAACAUCAGCAAAGGCAAUGUCUGUGUAGCCGGAGACGCGCUUCACCCCAUGACACCGGACAUCGGCCAAGGUGGUUGUGCAGCCCUAGAAGACGGUGUCGUCUUGGCGAGGUGUUUGGCUGAAGCUUUAAGAAAAGAACCAAGUGGUGAAACACAAGAGAAAGAGGAAGAAAAUGAAUAUAAGAGGAUUAAGAAGGGGUUGGAGAAGUAUGCUAGAGAGAGAAGAUGGAGAAGCUUUGAUCUCAUUAGUAUAGCUUAUAUGGUGGGCUUCAUACAGCAAAGUAAUGGGAAAGUGAUGAGCUUUUUGAGAGAGAAAUUUUUGGCUGGAUUCAUGUCUGGGUUGCUCCUGAAAAGGGCUGCUUUUGAUUGUGGGAAGCUCAAUUUUUCUUGA